GGGAGAGUGGAGAAUGAAUGAAUGAGUGAGUGAGUGACUACCGCAGCUUCGGUAACAGUGGGACGGAGGAACAGGAGGAGGAGGAUGAGGGGGCCACGCAGAGGUUGCGUUUGGCUUUUGUUCCUGAGCCACUACUGCCGUGAUCAAGGUGGUUGUGGUUGCUGCUGCUACCGCUGCUGCUCCUGGUGGCUGGCUCGCUGGCUGGCUGGCGGGGUGAGCUGGUGAGGAUAUAUAGAGCUCUGCACCUCUUGGCCCAAAGGCUUACUCGAUGAGAACUUGCGUAACCGGACUAGCUGCGAUUUUGCUGCCUCGCGGUGCUCGCUGUGGCCUCCGUGAUCUAUGCGCGUCCGUGCCUGAGUGAGACGGGGAGAUCCGACCACAGAGCGCGAGAGAGAGAGAGCGCGGGGGUGGGGAGAGCUUUGCCUCGUCGGAGAGCGUUGCAGUGACUCGCAGCUAGUGGCGAUGAGUGAAUCCUCGGGCUAGAGUUUGGGAAGAUCGGAAGGCGGUUGAGUAGGUGGCUGUGCGUGGAUGUGGUGGAGACGGGGACCAGCUCUGCAGAAUUGAAACGGCUCGAGAUUUUUCUUUACGUUUCAGUAGAUUCGUAAACUGCAGACGUUUAGAGCUGGCCGAGGAGCAGUUUCGGGGCGGCGACGUGGAGAUCUGCCACUGUUGCAACCGUAGUCGUCUCGCUGGAAUCACAGGUUCAAUGCGGGAACUUCCUAGCGCGGCAAUGUUGGGGCAGCCCAGGCUAUUCCGGUAUAAUUCUUAGGCAGCAACCAGACUUAUCAGAGGUGCAGGGGGUGUUCAAUCCCAGCACUGCGAGGCUUGACAUGGCGAGUAACGUCGGCAGAGGGGGUUACAGUCGCGGUGGGUCCAAUGUCGUGCCUGUGCGCAACGACAGCUCCACCGACACCUUAGUUGCCAUGCUUGCUUCCUGCUCUCCUGUUGCUCUUCAAGUACAACGUACUGGUGGAAGCUUGGAGGAUGCAGUGGUAAGCUGUGGGCAGAAGCGCUCCUUCUUCCCCUUGUUUGAAGCCUCGAGGGAAGAUGCCGGAGACGAGGAUCUGGGAGAUGACUGCACCCACAAUGUGGAGAAGAAGAGGAGGCUCACUUUCGAUCAGGUCAGGUCGCUGGAGCUCAACUUUGAGGUGGAGAACAAGCUUGAGCCUGAGCGGAAAAUGCAGCUUGCCAAGGAGCUUGGUCUGCAGCCGAGGCAAGUGGCAGUGUGGUUCCAGAACCGUCGCGCACGAUGGAAGACAAAGCAGCUCGAGCGUGAUUAUGAGGUCCUUACUUUGGAUUACAACCGGCUUAAGAGCGAAUUUGAGGCUGUGUUGCAGGAGAAGCAAGAGCUUCAGGGCGAGAUGGAGUGUCUGACGGGGAGGUUGCAGACGUCACCCCAACUUGCCUCAGGCGAUGGUGUGUCAGAAAAACCUUCUAAGAAAUCAUCGAAAGCAGUGGCGUCUCAACUUUCGCUCCAAAAGAUGGUAUCCGAAGAGUGUGUGAAGUUAGAGAGUAAGCCUCAGGACCCAAACGACAGUAGCAACGAUGACAAGGAGGAAGGCUCCCGAGCCACAAGCUCAGAUAGCAUUUCUAGUGGGAUUCUGGACGCGGACAGUCCUCUCACCACAGAAAUGAUCACUACCACCACUUUGCCACAUAUUUCAAUCCACGUCGCCGCAGAGAUGCCCCUGAGCUCCAAUAUCAUCAACAUGAGCGACAAUCUCUGCAACCAAAUGCUGUCCCCCCAUGCUUGCCAGCAGAUUUCUGUGAAGCUUGAGGACGGCUCGUCUCAGGACGAAUCUUCUAGUAAUUACAUCCUGACGCAGUUGGACGAGGAAAGGGGUUUGCCCUGGUGGGAUUGGCCUUGACUGGAUCGUGCGGCGGAACUCGAAAACGCCUUCGUGAGAUUCGUCUAUUCUUUUGAAUCCAGUUGUUAUUUUCCAGGCACUACCAUCGCCAGCACAACCGAUUUGUUCGAUCUGGUGCAUGGUGGUCCAGAUGCAGCGCUGAAAGCCUUGAUCUGUUAUCGCUACCAGAUUACUCAGCAUUCGUCCUGUGAGCCUAAGUGUUAUAUAUCAUAUCUUAGAGAAACCAGGUUCUGCUGUUGUAAGUCAUUUCCAUGAUGCUAGACUAGGAGUCCGAAAUGAUGCAACAUCAGAUCAAAUAAAUUUUUUGCUCCUGAAAGACAACACUAAUGUGCCAGAUCAUCUGAUGUAGAACUUACUGAAAUAACAAAUGGGACGGAUCUGCAGUGUCAGAACUGUGUCCAAGCCUGUAACUUAUUACCGAUUUGAAAUGGGCUCCAAGUACGUUAAUCAAUUCUAGAUAGCUGAAAUGAGCUUGAGAAUCUUUUCUCUUGAGGAAGAUGAGCUCAGCUUCAUCUUGUGUGAGCCUUAAAACUGGAGAUGAAGACUUGUACAUUUGCACGUGGUUCGAAACAGGGACAUGAACGUGGGUGAAUACAUUUGACAUAAUAAUUACAUA